AUGAGCUCUUCACGGCCCAGCGCGGCCUUCAAUUCACUGAGGAUGGGAGAGAUUAUCCGCGAGAAGGUACAGGAUGGCAUUACUGGCGAAACAAGGGAUCUAUCCUAUACUCAAUGCAAAAUUGUGGGCAAUGGAUCCUUUGGUGUAGUCUUCCAGACCAAGCUCUCCCCAUCGGGUGAAGAUGCUGCAAUCAAGCGAGUGCUCCAGGAUAAAAGAUUCAAGAAUCGUGAGCUACAAAUCAUGCGCAUCGUUCGACACCCCAACAUUGUUCAGCUCAAGGCCUUCUACUACUCCAAUGGCGAGCGUAAGGAUGAGGUCUACCUGAAUCUGGUGCAAGAAUUUGUCCCUGAGACCGUGUACCGAGCCUCGCGCUUCUUUAACAAGAUGAAGACUACAAUGCCGAUCCUCGAGGUCAAGCUGUACAUCUACCAGCUCUUCCGAGCUCUAGCCUACAUCCACUCGCAAGGCAUCUGCCAUCGUGACAUUAAGCCGCAAAACCUGCUCCUGGAUCCCAACUCAGGCAUACUCAAGCUUUGCGAUUUCGGCAGUGCAAAGAUAUUGGUGGAGAACGAGCCCAAUGUCUCAUACAUUUGCUCGAGAUACUACCGUGCGCCAGAACUGAUUUUUGGUGCCACAAACUACACCACCAAGAUUGACGUCUGGUCCACGGGUUGUGUGAUGGCAGAGCUCAUGCUCGGCCAGCCGCUCUUCCCUGGAGAGUCGGGUAUUGACCAGUUGGUGGAAAUCAUCAAGGUUCUGGGAACUCCGACACGAGAGCAGAUCCGAACUAUGAAUCCGAACUACAUGGAGCACAAGUUCCCCCAGAUCAAGCCUCAUCCAUUCAGCAAGGUCUUCCGCAAGGCCGACGCCGACGCGCUUGAUCUCAUUGCCAAGUUGUUAGAGUACACCCCUACGCAGCGUCUUCGUGCCGUCGAUGCCAUGGUUCAUCCAUUCUUCGACGAGCUUCGAGAUCCCAACACCAAGUUCCCAGAUUCGCGCCAUUCCACUGGCGUUCUGAAAGAUCUGCCUCCCCUAUUCGACUUCACGAAGCACGAACUAUCUAUCGCCCCUUCGUUGAACUCCAAGUUGGUGCCAGCCCACGUCAAGCCCGAGCUGGCAUCGCGAGGCCUAGAUAUCGACAACUUGACGCCUCUUUCAAAGACUGAAAUGAUGGCCAGGUUGGACUGA